UUGUAUUCACUGGUUUUACUCUUCCUUUCAGUGAUUCUUAGCACGAACUUUUACAAACACCUGUGCAAGAAAUAUGUUGAGAAUGAAGCUGGUCGCAAUAUAUUUUGGUUACCUUCUAAUUGGAAUAGUUGGAUCAUCGAUCAAGGAAGACUCUAAACAUUGGCGGCAACUUUCAACUGGUGAACUGGAAGAGGCUCUGUCCUAUAAAUGGAACACGAACAGAGCGAGAAACGUGAUCCUAUUCGUGGGCGAUGGCAUGAGUCCUGACACUAUAACCGCCAGUAGAAUAUACCGUGAUGGGGAGACUAGUCAAUUAGCAUGGGAGAAUUUCCCUAAUAUAGGGAUACUUAAGACGUACAAUGUUAAUAAGCAAGUACCUGACUCUGCAUCCACGGCCACAGCAUUGUUCAGUGGCGUGAAGACUAAUUACGAAGUGGUUGGUCUUGAUGGCAACGUACCAUUGGGUGAUUGUAAUGCGAGUUUGAAUACCGACUACCACGUGGACUCGAUCGUAUCAUGGGCGCAAGGUGCUGGUAAAGACACAGGAUUUGUGACGACCACCAGGGUCACUCAUGCCACUCCUGCUCCUUUGUAUGCACACAGCGCGGACAGAAGAUGGGAAUGCGAAUCGAAAAUACCAAAGAGCGCGAAACAUUGCAAAGACAUCGCGAGACAACUGGUAGAGGAUCUACCAGGAAAAAAUAUCAAGGUGAUCAUGGGAGGUGGUAGGCAAAUGUUGAAAUCCAACUCCACAGCCACUGAAUUCGAUCCAAUAGAUACAUGGGCUGGGAAAAGAGAGGAUGGUCUUGACCUUAUAGAAGCAUGGAAACGUGACAAAAUUAUACGAAAAUUAUCAUUCGAUGUCGUUCAGAAUAACGAGGAACUGUCCAAAGUGGACACCGAGAAGGUGGACUACUUGUUAGGAAUUUUUGCGAAUGGUCACAUUAGUAUGGACUGGGACAGAGAGAAAGGUCCAAAAGGACAACCAAGUCUCGAGAAUAUGACCGUGACAGCAUUAAAAAUUUUACAAAAAUCAAAACGUGGCUACUUCUUGAUGGUCGAAGGUGGGCUCAUCGACUUUGCUCAUCAUCGUGGUCAUGCUGCUCAGGCGUUAUUAGAAACUGUUAGAUUUUCUGAUGCCAUAAACGCUACCUUAAAAAUGGUCAACACUGACGAUACGUUGGUGAUCGUGACCAGUGAUCACACGCAUUCGAUGAACUUCAACGGAUACAGUGAUCGAGGCUCGUCCAUUUUGGGCAUCGCUCAAAAAUCAAAGUACGACGGGAUUCCGUACACCACGCUAACAUACAGCACCGGUGGACCAAAUAAUAUAGCAUACACGGUAAAAGACAAUGCUACCGCGGUCAGAAUCGACCCUACUAAAAACAACACAACGGACUUUACGUACAGCCAACAAGCUGCUAUAAUAUCUGACGAAGCUUAUCAUGGCGGUGGUGACGUAGCUGUGUAUGCGAUAGGACCGUACGCACAUUUGUUUCACAGCGUACACGAGCAGAGCUACGUAGCUCGAGUUAUGGCGUAUGCUGCAAACAUGGAAUCUUAUGCGUACGGAAAUAGCGCUGUGAGAAACGACUAUAAUAUUUUGGUUAUGGUUUCUUUAUACUGUUAUCUGUUUUACUUAUGUGUACUUAGCUGAAGACAAAAAUAGUUGGUCGACCUCCACGGAAUUUACUGUUACCGAAAUUCUAUUCUGAUCAAAUUGUAUUUCUGAGGUUCUGUAAAAUUAUUAUGUUUUAAAUAAAAUCGAUGCAAACAUAA